AUGCAUCGGCCACCUUGUCGGGGGUCGAACUCGGGACGUGCGGCCUCCAAGGCGGCUGCUCCAGCCUCCGAAGCCAUCAAAGCAGUGGGCUCAGAUUGCCCAAGAGGCAGAUUGACCGGCCACCGAGGCCACACAAGCCUGGCUCGAGUCCCGUUCGGCCUGAUCUGUGAGCACGGGCCAGCUUGGACUGAGGGCAGAGCGAGCCAUUUUAUGCCAGACCGAAGAAAUGGUUGA